GAGGCGAGAGAUAAAAAUUUUGGGUUCACCACCGAUCGUGAUGAAGAACCUGAGGACGUUGCUCGAUGCUGCUGAGACUAUGGCUGCAUACAAGUGGUUGGUUCGUUGGGAUGUCGACGUUUCUUCGUGCUUCGGCUGGCGUCGUGCCACUCUCCCUCAUGGAUCUGCUCGCGUUUCCAACGAGGUCGCGGUGGACGUGGACAAGUUUCGAGGUUGACACCCAAUCAUCGUUCCAGCCAACGAAGAUCCUGUAAAGCGAGUGCUACUGUUCGAGGAAUGAUGGUGAUUGGGAUUUGAUAUACGAGGGGAAUUGAUCUUGGGUAAUCAGUGAAGAUCAUGCGAAACGGCGUCGCUUUCCUUUUCGCCCCGGCCUUCGCAGCAACUCUUCAACCCGCUUCUCUUGGUUGUUGUGGUCGCUGUUUUGUUGCUAUAAUUGAUGGUGAAAUUCGGUGAGUCUUUCUCUCGGAAUUGCGGAUGAUUUUGGGGGUCGUUGUGCUGUUGCGGUGUAGAUUGUUAGUACAGCUUCGAGGAAUCGAUUUCUGUGAGUGGGCUGGUUGGAAGAAAUGGCAGACGAGCUGGAGUCUGAUAUGCCCCCAUUGGAGGAUAUUUCAGACGAGGCGGACGAGCAUGACUUUGAGACGUUGAAUGUUGGAGGAAUGAAGUUCGUUACCACGGUCAGCACCCUCACUAAGAGAGACACACACUCAGUGCUUGCUGUGAUGACAACUCAGCGCCACGAGAAGAGCAAGGUCCUGAGAGAUGAAGAUGGGUGCAUGUUUAUUGAUCGGGAUGGAACACAUUUCAGGCACGUUCUUAACUGGCUUCGCGAUGGCGUCGUCACGCCUGAGCUGGAGACACCAGAAUACCAUGAGAUUCUUCGAGAAGCAGAGUAUUAUAUGCUGUCGGGUUUGGUAGAGGCUGUGUUACUGACGUCAGGUAAGAAACGUGAAGACGUCCGUGCGAAGUCGGGAGCAGCCAAGGAAGUGAGGAUUGCUUCGUCGAUUACAUCCCAGAUCGCCCGGAUGGCGAGGCCUGAGUUGAGUCGCCUGGAUGUAAUAAAAUUGCAGCAACAUGAGCAUGGUGUGCGUGUGAGAGGAGUGAAUCUCUCAGGAUUGAACUUGUCCAAUCUAGAUUUAAGAGAGGGAGAUUUCCGUAAUGCUCAACUGAUCAACACUACCUUCGACAAUGCGUACCUCAUGAAUGCGAGUUUCGAAAACUGUGAGGCUACUGGAGCUAGUUUCAAAAACGCUAUGCUUCACUAUUGCGACUUCACAGGAUCGGAGAUGGUUGGAGUGGUGCUGGACGGUGCGAUCCUGAAGGAUGCAGAACUGAAGGGAGCGUGCCUCCAGAAUGCAAGCCUUCGCAAUGCGAGUCUGGUUGGCGCGGAAUUCGAUGACGCUGACCUUUACAAGGCGAAUCUGACUCGAGCAGAUAUGUGCGGAGCAAAGUUUAGGAAAGCUAAUCUCACUGAGGCAAAUUUAACGGAGGCAAACCUUUCUUCCAAAGGAAGAGAAGGUGGUACAGCUAUUCUAACACAGGCAAGGCUCACGAGAACUAACUUCUUUCAAGCAAAUCUGAAAAAUGUGAACGUGUCUGAAGCAUGGGACUAUCAGAAUGCUGUCAACUUGAACGAAGCGAUAGGCUACACCGCACCUAAGGAGAAGAGCAAGGAGAGACAGUUUGAUGGCAACUACAAAUCCCUCCUCACCAUGCCCCACAAACAUUUCACCGUAUGAAUCUCGACACACCGUAUCCAAGUAGCAUGUUCAUGGUUGACGCUCAUGAACCAAGAAGCUGCACCCUGUUCUUCAGGAAGUACUAGUCUCAGACUUGGUAGAGGUGCAAUUGUGAUUGCAUGACAGGCAUAUGGUAGCAAAAGACCAACGUCUCUCUCGUUGUAUCGAAAUUUCAGACUUCAAUCUCAAACAAGUUCUCACUAA